UUAAAAUCCUGAAAUAGCCUGGAAGUAUCAAGGGCUCAAACAACCCAAAAGCCUACCCUUAACAGCAACAGAAAUGGCUAAUUCUUAGAAUCAGAACACAGAACAGAGUUUGGUACAGUUUCCGGGCAAAAGUGCAGAAAAAUGGUGGCUUCUAUCGUAUUUACUACUGCAGCUUGUUCUUUUCACGCCUCUUAUACUAAGUUCUGCAGGACACCUGCAUAUCUAAGCAAGCAUGCCAGCUACUUAAUCCCCCUUACCACAUCUUACUUUCCGAGUCAGACAUCCAAUGUGAAACUUCACAUCGCACCCAGUGAAGCCUCUAGUCGAUCUUGUCUUUCAAGACUUGCAGCUGCUGGUGCGGUAAGAAUUGAUGGCAGAAAUAGAAAAGGAGACACUCCUGCUGAAGCUCUAAUCCCAAAUGAUUUAAGAAGAAUGAUCGAUGUUGAAAGACAACUGGAUGGUCUGUUCUCUGAAGUUAAAUCUCUGAUCAGUUUGGAGAAGAAAAAUGACGCAGCCGAUUUGCUUGAAGCUAAUUAUUUAGCUGUAAAAGACCAGAUGGAUGCAGGUUUUAGGUCCAUAGAAGAAGCAGCUAUUCUGGAUGUCCUGGCUUUGGGAUACAUGGCUCUUAAUGACACAAGGACUGUUGUUUCCCUUUUGGAUCUGUUGAAUGGAGUUGUUAGUGGCUUAAAGGAGGAGGAAGAAUUUUUGGAUUCAAUACUUGUACAUAUGGGUAACAUGUACGAAAAGUUGGAGAAGUUUGAACUGGCUGUUGAUCAUUAUAGGAGAGCCCUUGAGAUCACGGAAAAGAAGUAUGGAGUUAGAAGUUCAUUGCUUGUUUCACCGAUGUUGGGGAUGGCUAAAGCUCUGGGUUCUAAUAAAAAGGUCACAGAAGCAGUAACUACCUAUCAACGUGUAAUCGAGUUAUUGGAAUAUCACAAGGGUCGCUUAUGUGAGGAAUUGGUGCUGCCAUUAUUCGCACUGGGCAAGCUUUUUUUAAGCGAAGGAAGAGUCUCUGAAGCUGAAAUUGCAUUUGAAAGAAUUUUAAAUAUAUAUUCAAGAUUAUAUGGUGAAAAAGAUGGACGAGUAGGAACGGCGUUGUGCUUCCUGGCUCACGUAAAAUGUGCAACAGGUUCUGUUGAUGAAGCCAUUGACCUGUAUAAGGAUGCUUUUCGAACUCUGAAGGAAUCAAAAUUUGUAGAACUAGAUGAUGAUUUGAUGGAGAAGAUAAGAUUAGACUUGGCAGAACUACUUCAUGUAGCAGGAAGAGGGGAAGAAGGCAGAGUUCUUCUAGAAGAAUGCAUGUUAAUCACUGAAAAAUAUCAAGGGAAGGACCAUCCACGCUAUGCCAUCCAGCUUAUAAAUAUUGCAACUUCGUAUUCACAAUCCAAGAAGUUUGCUGAAGCUGAACACUUCCUCAGGAAAAGUUUACAGAUAAUGACGAAGACAAAACCUCCUGAUGAUCAGUCCAUCACCUAUCCAAUGUUGCAUCUUGCAGUUACACUCUAUAAUCUCAAUCGGGACGAGGAAGCCGAAACUUUUGCCCUGAAGGCUUUGCAUAUUCGUGAAAAAGUGUUUGGCCCAGAGUCUCUACCAGUUGGUCAGUAUUGUCUCUAAUCCAAGUGGAAAUUUUUUAAGUUACUUUCAUAUAUUGCCCUUUUGUAAAUGGGAUUCUUUGUUGCAGGGGAGGCUCUUGAUUGUCUUGUCGCUAUUCAGACCAGACUGGGGAGGGAUGAUAAAGAUAUACUCCAGCUGCUCAAAAGGGUUUUGGAAAUUCAAGAGUUUGCUUUUGGUUAUGAUAGCGAGGAGGUUAUGGAGACAUUGAAAAAGGUUGUACAUUUUGUAGACAAACUGGGAUUGAAGUCAGAAAAGUUCCCAUUGCAAAGAAGAUUGUCUGCACUGAAAAGCAAAUAUAAACAAAGGGUUAAGUAUUGAUGCGUUGAAACUUGAAAUGUAUGGUGAAUUUGCUUUUCUCCGGCCUCAUCAUUGGAGGGCAACAUCGAGUCACUGGUGCAUGCUCGUCUUUGCUUCAAGUGAUUCAAAUUAAUGGUGCCAUAAUAAGGUUUUACUACUUACACACAGCUUUUAAGUUUUCACCUUUAUAUACUCUUUAUGAAGAUUACUUGGUUAGAGGUGAGAAAUUUUAACUUUACCACCAUUCUGAAUUGAGGAGUAACCUUGUUUUUUCCGCACAAUCUUAGUAAGUCAAUCUUACAUUAUCUUGUUGCUUGAUUUCUUUAUCUUGUAUACCCCUCAGUUCUACUGAUGAAUCUGUAGUAGAAGAUUGUUGUCCAUUUUAGCUCAUCCACGGCAUUCUGAAUCUUUUGUGCAAGGAUCAUGGGUCAUUUUUAAAAUGAAAUGGAAUAGACAUGAUUGAUGUUUAGGUGACUGAUGCUUGUUUCCAUUUUUGGUUCUACAAAUACAGGAAACAGACUUUUGGCGAUAACUAUGCAGAGAAGAACGGAACUUGCAAUAUCAUCCUCAUGGUAGUUGGGGUCAUGAAAAGUUGAGUCGCAGUCAAACUCAUCCUCCACCUCCAGGUUGCAUGCUCACAAGAAUGGGUGCUAACCGCAUUCUGCAUUAUCGGUGCUGUCCAUGUGCUAUACUUGGGAAAAAGCAUCCUGCUUGUACGUCUCACUCUCACCCACCGGGGAGAAGAUAUUUCAUACAUCUUCUGAAGAUGUUUCAUGUAAUUGGUGCAGCAGGGAAUUUUAUAGGCAAAAAGUGUGAAUUUUGGGGAAAAGAGUAAAACAGGGCGCUGAUGGAGCCAAAGAGUCUGUCUUCUUCCUUUGUUUUCUUUCUGUUAAGUGGUUUGGUUUGCUGCAUGGAUUUUAGUUUUACUCGAGAGUUGGUAGUCAAACUAACCAAUUAGUAAACCAGUGGAAUUCAUUUUCCUCCACCUGAAAAUGAAAUGUUUAUGGUAGUUAAAAAUAAUUUGUCAAAUUCUCAUGAAAUGUUUAUGUAACCAUAUAUAAUUGUCGGUUUUUUUUUGGUCUCAAAC